UUGUCCUUUAUAUUGCCCCCAGGGAACUAUCAGCGACGAGAUCUCAACAUGCCGGAAACCCUUCCGCACAGAAAAGGUGCCCCACAUAGCUUUUACAAAGACUGUCCCCUCACCAAUAUAGGUCUCCUUCAGGCAACCCUUGUUGGGCAAGCAAUGAAAGGAAGUAAAACAGAGGUCCAUCACGUCUUCUGCUCACCAUCUUUACGCUGUGUUCAAACCUGUACCAAUAUUCUGAAAGGUUUAGGAAUUGCAGAGCACAUGCCAAUCAACAUUGAACCUGGUUUAUUCGAGUGGCUUGCCUGGUAUCAUGAUGGAAUGCCAGUGUGGAUGACCCUAGAUGAACUUAUAGAAGCAGGUUUCAACAUCAAUAAAAACUACGACCCACUUAUUCGUAAAGAGGAAGUCAAAGAACCACAUGAAAGUUGCGAGCAGUACUAUGGUCGUAAUGCCUACGUCACACAGAGUAUCAUAAAUACAACACAGGCCCAAGGUGGCACUAUUUUGCUCGUUGGUCAUGCAGCAACCCUGGACACUUGCACGAGGCAGUUGGUUGGAGGUGCACCAAGGUCUGCACAUGAAAUGACCAAUAUAAUAAAGAAGAUUCCAUAUUGUUCCUUCGCAUUUGCUAGUCAGGAAAGUUCGGGCAGCUGGACAUUAAUAGAGCCACCUUUUCCACCAGUCACUCACUCGGCAAAUAUGAGAUAUGAUUGGAAGAUUCUCGUACCAUAGCUGUUCUCCGUCCGCAUCUUCCAAGUAUGUGACAUGUAUUGUGAUCCUGUAAGAGUGAGUUUAAAGCUGUUCUGUGUGCCAUUGACAUCAUGUCCAGGUAGGCCAAUAAUCUUUAUUUUCUUAAUGGUAAUUGGAGAUAGUAUUUUUUGUCAUCCUCAUGAAAGGUAUCAGUUCCAGGUAAAUGUGUUUAACAUUAGUUUAUGGUAUCUCUUCAGAGGUAUAUCGUUGGUGAUUGUGCUGUUUACUGCAGUGAAAUUUUGUGGUUGAAUUUUUAUCCUAUAUAAUUUCAUAUGCAAAAAAAAAUUUUCAUAAGGAUUAUAUGAUUGUAUAUGACUUCAAGUCUUGUUUGCAUACCAUUUAACUUGUGGUUUAUAGGACUCACCACAAACUUUGUGUUCAGUUAUGUAGAAGAUGCUAAAUUUUCAAAAAGACUACUUUGAAGCUGUCAUUUUAGUGUGGAUGAUGAAUAAGCAUGUACAUUUUUAAGUGUUUGCUGGUGUUCAUAGAAAUGUAACAAUGUUGGUAGCCUUAUAUUGUCAUGGUUAAAGUAUCAUGGUGUGAUAGCUAGCUACAGUUCACAUGCAGUCUUCACUGUAAAUAACAUUGAUGGUAUUGUAAGUACUACUUUGAAUAGAAUUUUCUCUUGUAAAUCUGUGUUUACAAGUGCGUAUGUGAACUUAUCAAGGUUUUAAGUUACCAUUUAGUGUCUUAUUAGUUUUAUUUAUGUACUAUUGUUUUAUUUGUAGAUUUUCAUACAUAACUAAUUCUGUUAUGUAUAUUAGUCAUUUUUCAACCUCUUAAUUCUUAUUAUGCCUUGAACAGCGUAACCCUAAGAUGUGAAUGGAGAAGAUGAAAACAUGUUACAGUUUUUUUGUGAGAAUUUACUCACCACUUAAAAGCUGUGUAUUGAAUGUUACCAGAUAUAAGGUAAUGUGCCAAUAGAUAUUUAAUGUUUUAUGUGCAUUUGUAAUAGAUGAAAAAGAGUGACCAAAGAUUUUUUAAUUGCCGGCAGUUUGGUAAUUAUAGGAACAAUAGCCAAAUGAUGGAUAUUUUAUUUUAAAGUUUCUUCUGUAAUAACAUGAUCAGUUGUUAUAAAGUGAUUUUCUUCUGCACUUUUACUGAAUGAUCCAAAGGUGUGUUCAUAUAGACAAUAGAUUCUUUUAUUUUAACUCAAGUCAGCAUGCCUGGUUUGAGUGGACUGACAAAGUGGCUAAUCUAUGGUGAAAGGGAAUUUUACAUUAGUUAGAUGAUGCAUUAGGCCUUUCUCAAAUACUGUACAAGAAAUCAUCUGUCAGAUAUGGUGACAGCUGUCACUUCUUUACUCUUUUUCAUCCACAUAAGAUGUGAGUUGGGUGCACUUCAUUGAUUUCUCCAUUUCAUAGGCUACUAUUUCUCCAUUUCAUAGGCUACUCGGGCAUCAUUGUUACUCUUGAUUCAAUAUUAUUAUUGAUGAUAAGUUUAGUGAGACAAUGUAAUUACUCUUAAUUCAAUAGUCUCUCCUGUAUAAUUGGUUGUGUUGUUGAUGCCAGUUGGCCAUACAGUGAUUCUUAGACCCUGUACUAGCAUCGAAAUGAGUUGCAGAAAUGCAGGACAUAAAUUUACCAUAUUUUAAUGGAAAAUUAGUGACCAGUAAGUGUAUCAUAGACCUAUUUAUUUGUAAAAUAAAAGUAAUCAUUUGCAAUAUACUGAAAAUUAAAACAAUAUAAGCCACUGUAGCACCAUCAAAGCUGAGAAUAGAAAUUUUAAAAUCUUUUCACCCAAUUCCUGUCUUACAUCUUAGUAUGACUUGUUUUUAACUAUUGACUAAGCACUUUGUUUGUCAUAGCAAAUCAGAUACUGCACAAAGUCCCAGUAAAUGUACGAGGAUUAUAUAUUUUAAUAUUUUAAUAAGAUUGUGUAAAGUUCUUUUUUCAUGCUUUUUCCAUUUUUUAAACUUGCUUUAAUACAAUUUAUUUAUGAAAUCAAGAAGAUACAGCUCUGUAUCUUUCACUCACCAAAGAUUUAUCUUUUUCACUAUACAUUUUACCAUCUCCUUUGCAAGUUUUUACUGUUACUUUACUUUAAUGACAAAAAUUUGCCGAAUCUUGAUUUUCAAGUUUUGACUUGGUAUGUCUGUGCAAUAAUUGUGGGAGCUGUAAGAUUUUAAUCAAUUUCUUUUCAUGAUGCCUUUUUUUUUUUUUUUUUUUUUUUUUUUUUUUUUUUUUUUUUUUUUUUUGUUAGUACGGUAUACCAUGUAUGAUAACUUUAGUGUGGGCUUUACAAAAGGCAUACAUUCAUAGAUGGAAGAAAUGUUGAUUAAUGGAAUGGCCACCAUUGCCAAGAGAGGCUAAUAUUCUCAUAAACAGGUGGUUGUGAAGAGGAUAUUUUGAUGUUUUAGUCUUUUGUUGAUCAUCUUGAAAAUUUAUACAAAAUUUUUGUGUGUGAAAGGAUUAGUGUUAUACUAUUUUUAGGGGAAAAUAAUCUAGCAUCCAGUACUGAUUGUAUUUUUUAGAUUGUUUACUAGGUUUUUAUUUCUGACAAGAAAAAGAAUGAUUACUGUAGCUUGUAAUGUAUUUAUCACACUUUUUGAAACAUUUGAACCUUUAAAGCUAAUUUAUUUUUAGUAUUUUAUUAUUGGGGGUUAAAGAAAUUGUAAAUAAUCAGUAUUAUAUAAAAGUGUAAAACCUCAUUGAUCAUAUGCUGUAUAUGCCAUAACUUUUGUCUCAGAUAUCUUAGGUUUACAGUCUUUUGUCUCUCAAACAGGAGAAGAUAGUCCUAUAUGAGUAUGAGUAUAUGCAUGCACCUCCUGGUAAUGUCUCAGCCCCCUUCGUGAACCUGCAGUAUUAUUAACAAUGCUGUUCACUGUUCCCCAAGUAUCUGUUCACAGCAAGAUUGCUAUUCUUCUGCUUAAUGUUAAAUAUUACUAAAUAGUUUUUACUUUUCCUUAUGUUGUUAUCAUUUCUUCCAAGCGUUUUUUUCUCAUUUGCUCAGUUAGUUAUGAUAGAGUGCAUUCUUUAUUCACCAGAUACGCAUCAUUUAAAUGCAAAUUUAGUCUCCAGAACUGCAAUACCAUCUUCAUCCCCCAGAAUUUAUGAUAAGAAAUAUAGCAGAAGUGGUCUUGUGCUGGUGGAAGCUUAUCACCAGAUAUUGAUUUUCCCUUUUUGGAGACAAACCAACCACUUAUCACCUUUAGUAGACUUUGGUACAUAGAGCCACAACCCUAAGAGGUUCCAAGCUUUGUAGUACAGCAAAGUGAGGUCAAUGUUGCAGAAAGAAUGUAUUUGAGACAUUUUUGUGGAUCCACAAGGCACAUGCAUAGUAAAAUUACAAACUGUUUAAGAGUCAAAGGACUGUCAGCACAGGAACAUUUAGGACAUACUUGUGAGGAAUGUAUAUGAUUGAGAUUUUUGUAGGAAAAAAUCUUGUGUGUCAUAAAAUCUAUGGUUAUUUUAUGAUUAAAUCUUGAGAAGUGUUAGUUAUUUUUGUGCCAAAUAUUGUGCAGUAAUGCAUUGCAAUUAUGUAACCGGUGAAUAUUGUACCUGGUGAAUUAUAAAGUGGGCAUCAAAUUGUAUGGUGAUUCACCUUUGCUGAAACAUUAUUUAUUUGAUGCCUUCUUGAUGAUGAGUGAGAUAGAACUGAAGUUUAAUUGAUAGGGAAUAAGUAAUAUUUUUGGAGCAUUUUUUUAUUUUAUUUUGCAUUUGGGUUUCUUUUUGAGCAACACAAAUUCUCAUAUUUUAAUGGUGCCUUUAAUCUCAACGUCAUGAAACCAAGAUAAAUUCAGUAUUGGCAGCACUGAUGGUUCAUGGAGUGUGAGUAAGCUGAGUUGGUAGGAAGAAGUCACUGACUGUCAUAUUUAUUUUAUUUUGUCAUAUUCUAUGAUUUCAGAACUUAUUUAGUAGCACUCCAAUUGAACAGAUGCCUUGGGGUCUUACUUCCUGAUAAAUAGCAAAGUCCUUAAAUUAUCAACUCUCCAGGCAUUUCCCGGGUUAUGACGGGCUCGUCUGAAGACUUUCUUUAAUAUAUUCAUCUAAAAUUAUAUCCCAGGUUACAAUGCAUGUUCCAGGGUUAUAACACCGAAAACGCCGAUGCGACAGAAGAAAUAUGGCUCCAAAAGGGCAGAAAAGUUAAAAUUUGGAGGUUAUUAUGGUGAAAAACUCAAUAAAAAUACAAGUUACGUCAUUUUUGAGACAUGCAAAGGAUUAAAAGUAAGGCUUUCUUAUGAUUUUUGACGAUUUUCGGCUUACAAAAAUUUUCAGCUUACAAUGCGGCGUGGAAACGGAACUCCCGCCGUAAACCAGGGACUUCCUUUACUUGAUUAUUUCCUGGUUGUCCUACAUCUAACAGCAAUUCCAUGUAGUUCAUAAACUAAACUAACCUUUACUUUAACCUAACAUUCAAUUUAAAAAAUUAGGCUAAAAACAUAUCACUUCUGAAAUGGUAACAUAGCAAAAAAUAAACAUUGUAAUGUAGCUGACACAUACAGAAGUUCACCAAGUUGAGAUGUUUGUAAUUAAAUAUCUUUUCAUGUGUGUAUCUUCAUUUACAUGUAGUACAGUCCAUUCCCCUAAUAUAUAAAAAUAUGUUCACUAGGAGGUAUCACGUGUUAUACUAAGGCUUCCUCGCCCAGAAAUAGAUUUUUCCUACGUCAAAAUCCCUUUUAUGAACCACACUUCUUAUGGGAACAAAUGUAAAGUCAUUCCCUGGCUUAAGACGGCUCUGGCUUAUGACAUUCCGAGGUUACAAUGUUUUCCAAAUAUGUAUAUUUAUCAGAAACUAUUUCCUGGUUUAUGACGCAUCUUUUGGGGUUACGACGCCAAUCCAACGGAAGAACUAUGGCUCCAAAACGGCAGAAUAAUAAAAAUUUGGAACUUUAAAAAAAAAAAAUGUAUGAAAAACUGAAUAAAAAUUCAGUUUAUAUUGUUUUCAAUACACCCAAAGCAUUAAAAGUAAGGUUUUCUUAGGAUUUUUUAAAAUUUUCGGAAUACGACCAAGCAUAAGAAUGGAAUCCCGGCAAAAACCGGGGACAGCCUGUAUAUGGCUGACAUAUGCCCCCAGUUAGUCCAGUAUGUAUACUUAUCAUCACCACUUUUUCUUGCACAAAUUCCUACAUUCAUCUGGGUUGCUGUUUUCCAACUAGCUUUAGCUUGCUUGUGGUAACAUCAACAUCUGUUAUCUAGCCCUUGACUCCUUCCAUAUUAGUUAAGUCUAACACUCCACUAGCCAUUUUGAUUCCAAGGCAGUAGCUUCAAUACUGGUUAGCUGAUUUCACAGCAGAUUAAAGGCACAUGUAAAGUAAGGGUUUUCAAGUUAGGAAAUAUUGUGCUUUUUCUUUUUACCGAAGUGUACAAAAUAUUAUUCUGUAUUUUCAUUCAGGAUGAUAGAGGAACUCUGUCUUCAUUAUAAUACUUUGAAAGAUUCAUUUGUGAUUCGUGCUGAGAAUUGGGGCUUAUAAUCUUGCAAAUAUUUGCUCACAAACUGUUUUUACAGUGUUAAGUAGAGAAUAUGAAAAUUGUGUUAAUUAGAGAAUAUGAAAAUUGUGAUUAGUAGAUGAGAAAAUAUUGAUAUUUUGUUGUAGCUUUGGGGAUGUAUGAUAUUCCACUUACAUAAGUUUAGAGGUGAUGAGGACUGCAAUGUGUUAGAAUUAGUGAAAAAUUUUGUCCUGUAUUUUGGAAUAAAUAGUAGGUUUUUUUU